CACAAUGAACAACAAGAAAAGGGGAAAGAAAAGUAGGGCCUCAUCAUGAUGUAAUUUUGUAGUAGUUUCCCUUGAAUAAAAGCCGGCUGUAGAUACCAGCUUGUCUCUACUCAGUAACCGUCCGCUCAACUUUGCAUUAGCUCUUAAUAUUUCAAUAGGGGUUAGUACUAAAUGUCUUAUAGUUUUUUAGGCUUCCAAUAUUAAGCAGAGUUCUGUGAGAACUGUAAAGAGCAGGUUUAGUAAGGAUACAUAAUUUAUACAAUUGUGUUUUCCUUCGAUAUAAGUUUGAAUGGUAAAUCUUUACAAAAUCUGACAUAGAUUUGUUAGCUUCCGGUUCCGGUGAAUAGACUUGUUUUGUUUAGCUAAAGCUGUCUGUCUCACCCGAGAAGGCCACACUUGACAGUGAACUUCUCACUUAUAACACGCGACAACCAAAGGCCUGGAGCAGGAGAGAGCUGAUCUUCAAAACAGAGAACCAUGAGUGCAGAAAAAUCUGGGAACCCCAUGGAGCCGUUCCUUCUCCUGCUGAAAGAUGCGAAGGGAGCUGGAGCCGCCAGUGUGCUGACGCAAGCCAUGGCCUCACCGAACGUCUACGUGUUUGGGGAGUUUCUUGACCUGCCCAAUGUACAAGAGCUGUCGUCCGGACCCCACGCCUCCGUGUACCAACUACUGCAAGUGUUUGCUUACGGGACCUACAAAGAUUACAAAGCCAAUCAAGCUCAGCUGCCAGACUUGACACAGACACAACUGACCAAGCUAAGACACUUGACCGUUGUGUCUCUGGCCACACGCAGCAAGUGUAUCCCGUACUCUGUACUACUGGAGGAGCUCGCCAUGGAGAAUGUGAGAAAUCUGGAGGACCUGAUCAUCGAGGUCAUCUAUGCUGACAUCAUCCACGGGAAGCUGGACCAGAAAAACCAGCAGCUGGAGAUUGACUACGCCAUCGGUCGGGACAUCCACGAGAACGCUCUGUCAGAGGUCACUGUGGUCCUACAGCAGUGGUGUAACGGGUGUGAAGGAGUACUGAAGAGUAUUGAGGAACAGAUCAACCGAGCCAACAACUGCAAGGUGCAACAGAACCAGCUCAAGGCUGCUCUAGAACAGGAGGUGAACAACAUCAAGAAGACGAUCAAGACGAGCCAGCAACAGGACAUCGAAGAGGUCAUGGUCACAGACAGCCGCAGCGACAUGGCCAUGGCCGAGAAGGCCGGGAAAAAGUCGGCGAAGACGAAGGGUGAUGUCAUUAUUUUGCAGGCUCCGAGGCAGCAACGCAGGGAAGCUCUGGAACAAAUGAUCAACCCGCACGACAUGGCGUGGAUGGCUUACAGUGGGGAUGAUGAAUGAAGUGUGCAGGAGAGCGAUUUUGUGUGUGUGGGUGUGCUUGUGUGUGUGUGUGUGUGUGUGUACGGUACAUGGGAGUGGGUGAGUUUGUGGGAGUGUAUAAGUGUGUGUGGGUGAGUGACUGGGUAUACUUUUGUAUGUGAUGAGUGAGUGUGUUUGUGUGAGUGGGUGCAUGUGUAUUUAUGUCAGUGUGUAUGUGUUUGAGUGGGCAUGUGUGUUUAUGUUGGUGAGUGGGUGUAUAUGUGUAUGGGUGUGAAAUGGUUGUGUCUGUGUGAGUGGGGAAUAAAUGGAGCAUGACAAGUAUCUCAGUUUUUUCCCCUGUUUUUAGGUAACAUUUUCCAGUGAAUAUUUGAAGAAGUAUUUGGGAGAAUAUACAGUGCUGUCUGCUUAAACUGAACACUGUUGUUAUUCUAAAUACUGCAAUAAACCAGAAGAAAAUAAAUUCCCCUAUUUUUUAAACUCUAUUUGAGCAACCAUUCUUAACUGUUUUCUUAACUGAAGAAGAUCUGGGGGCUCCCGUAGCCUAAAGAUUAAGGUGUUCGCCUUUCAUUCAAAGGUCCUGGGUUAGAAACUGGGUAGCGACG